AUGGCUGCCACCGGGAACAAGAACAUCAACGCUAAAUUGGUUCUCCUUGGCGACCCUGGUGCUGGAAAAUCUAGUCUUGUUCUGCGAUUUGUCAAAGGGCAGUUUGUUGAGUUUCAGGAAUCAACAAUCGGUGCUGCCUUCUUUUCACAAACACUGGCUGUGAAUGAUGCUACUGUGAAGUUUGAGAUAUGGGACACAGCAGGUCAAGAGAGAUACCACAGCCUUGCACCCAUGUACUAUCGGGGAGCUGCAGCAGCAAUCAUUGUGUAUGACAUUACAAAUCAGGCCUCCUUUGAUAGGGCAAAGAAAUGGGUACAAGAACUGCAAGCACAAGGUAAUCCAAAUAUGGUUAUGGCUCUGGCUGGGAACAAGGCUGAUUUGCUUGAUGAUAGGAAGGUGGCAGCUGAGGAGGCACAAGUCUAUGCCCAGGAGAAUGGCCUUUUCUUUAUGGAAACCUCAGCAAAAACUGCAACUAAUGUCAAUGACAUUUUCUAUGAAAUAGCUAAAAGACUACCGCGAGUUCAGCCAGCACAGAACCCCUCUGGGAUGGUUCUCACGGAUAGACCCGCGGAAAGGGCAGCAAGCGCCACUUGCUGUUCUUAA